UUUUUCAUGUUAUCACCGUCCCACUGUCCCGCGUCUGUUGCUGGUUUCAACUUGCGGGAAAUGGGAUCACUUAUCUAGACUCUCUUUAUCUCUGUUGUUUUCCACACAAACACUAUAUACCUUGAUUUUCUUUUUAUGAUCCUGAUAAGCAACAAUAGAGUUCCCUCUUUCAUAUGUUGUUGUUGUUGUUUUUUACUACACACAUACGUAAAAUUUCAAUGGAUCAAACACGUGGGUGUGCCUAGCGACGGCUCAUUGGAGAAGGCUAGAUCAAUUGGUAUUCUUCAAUACUGGACCAAGGAUAAUAAUAAUCAACAAAUGGAUCUUUUCUCUACUCCAGGACUCUGUUCUCGAUGACAGAUGAGGACACUUUUAUUCUUAUAUUCUUCCCAAAAAA